AUCACACCUAGGUAGGAAUGGCAAUGGGGUGGGUUCGGGGCCGGGAUUACAUUCCCCAUCCCCCACCCCGAUUUCCAAAUCAUCCCCCAUCCCCGUCCCCAAUCACCACCGGGGAAAGAAAUGCUCCUCUAUCCCUGACCCCGCCAAGGAUGAGUUCCCCGUGGGAGACCUGGAUCGCCGAUUGCUUUUGAAUUCCUCAUCGGAGAAAGGAAAGCUCCUCCAUCUCAAAUCUGCGACUGAGAUUCACAUUGAUUAGGUGAUGACCACGAGUUGCAAAGUUUCAGAUCUGCAACUUGUGAACGUUAAGUUGAGAGAAAGAGAAAAGACGAGUUGCAAAGUUUCAGAUUUGCAACUUGUGAGCAUUGAGUUGAGAGAAAGAGAAAGAAAGGACCGUUGCGGGCUUGCGAGUUGUCUCACCUGAGAGAGAAAAAGAGCACUGAUGGCGACUAAGAAGGGAAGAAGAACUGAAGAAGGCACCAAUGUACUAUAAGGGAUAUUACCAUCUGUUUUACCAAUACAAUCCCUACGGUGCUGUAUGGCGGCCAGACAUCAUAUGGGCCCAUUCUGUAUCAACUGAUCUCGUCAACUGGGUUCACCUCGACCAUGCCAUUUACCCAACUGAGACUUUCGACAUUAAUGGCUGCUGGUCGGGUUCUGCUACAAUCCUCCCCGGAAAUAAGCCUGUCAUUUUGUACACCGGUGGAGACAGUAAAAACCAUCAGGUUCAGAACUUAGCAUUGCCUGUAAAUCUUUCUGACCCACUCCUCCAAUCGUGGGUAAAGCUGCCUCAGAAUCCUCUCAUCACACCCAUCAAUGGUGGCAUUGAUCCAGAAAAUUUCAGAGACCCCACAACUGCGUGGCAGGGUCCAGAUGGGGAGUGGAGGGUACUUGUUGGAACCCAAGGAGAACAUGGAGGAAUGGCAAUUCUGUAUCGAAGUAGGGAUUUUGUCAACUGGACCGAAUCUCAGUAUCCAUUUCGCUCGCGGGAGAAAACUUCUAUAUGGGAGUGUCCUGACUUUUAUCCAGUGUCUCUGAACACUACAAAUGGAGUUGACACCUCGGUGAAUAAUCCUAGUGUCAAGCAUGUCCUCAAGGUGAACUUCAAUUCCCAUGACUACUACACAUUGGGGAGUUACAGCAGUUACACAGAUGAGUACAUUCCUGAUACCGACUUCAUGGACUCAGACUUGAGAUAUGAUUAUGGAAAGUUCUACGCUUCAAAGAGUUUCUUCGACCCUGCCAAGAACAGACGGAUCUUGUGGGCUUGGGUAAAUGAGUCCGAUAGUGAAUCAGAGGACAUCAAGAGAGGCUGGUCUGGCCUUCAGUCAAUUCCGAGAAGUGCUUGGCUUGGUAAAACGGGAAGGCAAUUGGUACAAUGGCCAGUCGAGGAGAUUGAAAAAUUACGCAUAAAUGAGGUGAAUUUCAAGGGUGAGAAUCUUAGGAGUGAAACAGUAUUUGAAGUUUCGGGUGUCACGGCUUCACAGGCCGAUAUAGAGGUUUCGUUUGAAUUACCAAAAUUGGCAUAUGCAGAGUUGAUGGACCCAAGUUGGGUUGAUCCACAAUUACUCUGCAGCGAUAAAGGAGCUUCUGUUAAGGGUGGAGUGGGGCCAUUUGGUUUGCUGGUUCUAGCUUCUGAAGAUUUGAAGGAACACACUGCAAUCUUCUUUCGGGUGUUCAAAAAUAAAGACAGAUAUGUGGUGCUCAUGUGUAGCGACCAGAGCAGGUCUUCCCUGUCAGAAGAGAUAGAUAAAACCACCUAUGGAGCUUUUGUUGAUGUGGAUCCUCGCCACGAGAAUAUUUCACUAAGAAGCUUGAUUGAUCAUUCUAUUGUGGAAAGUUUUGGGGGCGAAGGAAGGGCUUGCAUUACUGCAAGGGUUUAUCCCAAGUUGGCCAUUGAUGAAGAAGCCCGUCUUUAUGCAUUCAAUAAUGGAACUGAAAAUGUAAUAAUUUCAAGACUGAGAGCUUGGAGUAUGAAAAGUGCGCUUAUUUAUUGAAGGCAUAUAUAUCUUAAACAAUGGGGACGGAAUAUAAAAGAAUGAGAAAUGACACAGACUAGUAUUUCUGGAAUUG